AGUUCGGCUCGAGGUCUCGCCGCGCGCGCCGCGAGCGGGACCGGGCGAUGUUGUUUGAGCGGGGCUUUGCCUCAUGGAUCCUUUUUCCGUAUCUUUGGGCACUCGUUUGGGGUGCCCGGCCGGCCCCCACCAUCGCCCCGCUGGCCGCUAAUGAAAAGCGGAGGGAGGGCGGAGCCUUCAGCACGUUGCAGGACCCAGGUGGCUGCUCAGAAGCCAUGACAUCCCUCACGGAGGCCUGUUCCGUGAGCGUCUUCGUGACCAUGGCCUCCACGGUGGCCUCCUCCGUGGACUGCGAGUUCGAAAGGACCAACAACCUGCUGGAGAUCAUGGCCGCCCUCUUCCUGCGUGCAGACGAUGCGGAGCUGAAGAGCAAACAGCUCAAGGACCCACCCAGCUGGGAUGAGAUAAACAAGUGCACCGUGAACAACUGCCACUCCUGCCAAGAGCAACGGUACUUCACCUACAACGGCAAGAAGGUCUUGGUCCUUCCGCAGCCAAGCAAGACGGGCAGAUAUUUCACCUACCAGGCGAACGAGCCCCGGGUGAUGACCCCGAAUGAGGUCCCGCGGGUCGAGAAGGAUAUGGUGCAACGAGGUUUGCGAUUUGCAGGGCUUGCAGCGGGGCUCUACGAUUACAAGCAAACCGAGAAGGUGCUUUUUACGCCGCACCUGCAUAUGAGGCUGCAGUAUUUCGGGAAUGACCCCGCGGUGGUCAUGAAUUUGUGGGGCCUCGACGCGGACAACGCGAGCGACGGCUGCGAGGGCGGGCCCAACCCGCGGAACGUGAUCCCAGCCAAACUCUACUCAGAGGUCUUCAACACAUCCAAGACGCACACCUCCAAGGAGCCUGAGAGGCAAAUCUAUUGGACAACGUCCCACGAGAGCCGGAAGACCGGGUACCUGACUUCUGAGGCCUCGGCAGUGGCGUACAAGGCGACCAUGCAGGGCGAGGAGAAGGUGUACGAACCCAUGGGCACAGUGACUAUGACGGUGAACAUGAGCUACGCAGGGGAGGCCUUGGGUGGUAUACCCCUGAGCCCGAAUGACUACGCGAUCAUCACGGACAAGUCUGGGUCCAUCAUCAUGAUGACGCCCCAGGCCCGGAAGGUGGUGUUCCACGAGGGCAUGACGGAAGCAAAGAUCCAGAACCCCGAGAACCAAAUGCCAUGCAAGGAGUAUGUGAUCCCCCCAGACAACUGCUGGUGGGACGCGCCACCUCCCCUCACGCUGCUCCAUGCGCAGAAAGAGGCAGAGCAGUACAGCGGCAUCGAUUUCAGCCGCAUGCUCGGGAGGGUCUUCACCGACACACCCCUGGAGAAGCAGCUCUGCUCGGCCGGCGUCAGGACUACGACCUUCACGGUGCCCAAGUGCCACUGCAAGGACCUGGACCUUGCGGCCAACUGCACCUGCGAGCACCUGGCGGUCUUCUGCCGCCUCAUCGCCUUCCCGGACUGGUCCAUCGUGGUCUUUGCCCCCGUGGAGGAGCUGCAGUCUGCCGCGCAGUACACCGUGGACAAGGAGAACAUCACCAAGACGAACAUCAAUUCCAAGGAUGCCAAGGAUGGCAAGGAGGGGAACAUCUACGAGGACAACAUCACCUUGACCAACACGGGCCGCGUGCCCUUGCCCUUCGACGUGGCGGUGAGUGCCGCGGACGGCGACAACGCCUCGUGCAUCACCGUGGACCCACAGAACGGGACGCUGGAGCCAGGGGCUCAGGCGGUGCUCACCUUGAAGUUCGACCUCGACAAGUUCGGUACAGGCACCAGCUCUGGAUGGGUUUUGGUUCAGCCGGACCUCGUGGACGGCCUGGGGGCCUGCUUCCGGAACCGCGCGGGCACGCGCUUCCACUUCACUCGGCCGAAGAAGCCCUCCUUCCUCUGGAGGACGAUGCAGCGGAACGGCAUUCCGCUUUCGGUUGCCGUGAUGUUGGUCGCCACAAUGAUCCUCUACCGCGUGGUGAGCUCAUGGCUGAGCUCGUACUAUGGGAACUUGAGCAAGGAGAGGAGCACCAUCGACAAGGCGCUGGCAGCCACACAGGAGCUGUCUUUCCCCAUGGUUCUGCUGCCCGUGGCCAUCUUCAGGAAGCACAAGCGCUUCGUGGCCUUCGAGGAUACCUUGAACGAGUCCUUGUGGCUGCACACCAUCCAAGACAUCGACAACUUUCUGAACAAAGAGCUCAAGGGCAAGCCGGGCAAGAAGAACAAGGUGAUCUUCAUGUCGCACCAGUGGACGGCCUUCGCAGAGCCGGAUCACACCGGGGAACAGUAUAAGGGUAUGGUGGAGGCCGUGGACACCGUGAUCAAGAACAACGGCUGGGAUGAGGAGGACACCUACGUCUGGCUGGACUACAGCUCCAUCCCCCAGCGGCACCGGCCCUCCCAGACGGCGGCCAUCAACUCGCUGACGGUCUACGCGGCCAAGGUCUCCACCUUCGUGGUGGUGGCGCCCAAGGUGGACCACUGCAACCUGGAGGGCGUCAUCUGCGACGAGGAGAGUUAUAAGAUGCGGGCCUGGUGCCGCGCCGAGCAACUCUCACACCUGCUGGCGCAAGCUGGAGACAACAUGUUCUUGGCCAAGAAGAAUGAGACUUCAGGUGUCCCCGACAUCAUCCGGCUGAACGAUAACAAGGAGUGGCUGGAGCAGUCCAUUGAGGUCUUCAAGGGUCAGCUCACCUGCUGCCGUCGCAAGCACGAGGGUAUGGACAUGUGCGACCGGGAGCGGCUGGUGGUGCCCAUGCUGGGCUUGUGGGCCCAGCUCUGCCGCACCGUGCAGAACUCGGCCACGACCUCCCAGGGGCCGAAAGAGGCGGAGCGGCCCUUUGCCGACUUGCAGGAGAUUCAUGAGCAUCUCUGUGGAAGGAUCAAGGAGGUCUUCCCUGAGACCUUCACCUAUGAGACUGAGGCUGGAUCGGAGGAGCGGAGUUUGUUCGGCAAGUUGGUGGAGCGCCUGGAGGAGCGCCUCAGCCACGAGGCCAAGGAGCCCACGCCCAAGGAGGACAACAAGUGGGCGCGUUUGCGCAUCGCCGCGCGCAUCGCCACCAAGAAGCCCGUGGCGAAGCUUCCCGAGGCUGGGGGCCGGCGCCUGAGUCAGGCCUUGACCGGCCGCGGGCUGUCGCCCAAGCCGGAGGGGGCGGAGAUCUAGGGCGCGGCGUGAGACGCGCGGAGAACGGGGAAGAAGUGCGGACGGAGAGCAAAAAGGCGGCG